UUUACGCCAUCGUCAUCCGAAAGAGAUUUUCUCUGCAAAUUCCUUCCACUUCCAGCGAUUCCAUCGUUUGAACUUUUGAACUUCAGACUUCGAAUGUGAUUUUUCACAAGGACGAAAGUACCCGGGAAAACGACAUCGGUGAUUAGCUGAUUAUUAUCUACUUGUAACCGUUUGUUUCUUUCCCGAUUCUUAUAUAAGCAGAAGGAGCCCUUCUCGACGUUCUCGUCAAGCGCUGGUUACUCGGUUUCGAGCAGAGCUUCAAAACCAGAGCUGCAAUGGCGCUUGGUUCUUUUACGGUUAUACCCCUAACUAGCCAUUCUAUGGGAAUGAACUCGGCUGAUUCUCUCGGACCUAACGUUGAAAUCAAGGUCAAUUUUAUUGGAUGAGCAGAGCCAUACUAUCUGAAACUCCAAUAUCAAGUUCUGACAAAAUAAGCUGAUCACUCAACAGAACGGAAUUAAGCUGGGAAUCAGAUGACCAUCACAGCAUUCUUUGAGACCGUAAUUAUGAAGAAGAAAUAUUUACACUGUAUAUGGAUAUGCAGGAGAAAGCAUUUUGGAGUAUGUGAUGUUAUGGGUGCAAACUUUUAUCAAGGCCAUGAGUUGUCAUAUAAUACCCCUGUGGAGAUUGAUAAUAUAUGAAAGGAAAAUUGAGUGAUGGAUUUUAAGAACCAAAGGCAACAAGAAUUAGGAACAUUUUUUGUUUCAGAGCUCAAUCUUCCUCGCACAAUGAACCUAGAUAUCACAGAAACUCUGUCAUCAAGUUUUGAGUUGGAUACUUCUGUCAUCUCCUGUACGGAGUUUCUGGGUGCCGACUGCGGGGACACUUUACCUAACAAACUGGAGGUGGACGAAGAACAUGAUUCAAGAUCCAAGCGUCUAAAACUAAUGGCCCCAGCUAAACACUGUUCUUAUCUCACCAUACCAGAAAAUUUGAGUCCUUUAGGAUUGACUUUGAGAAAAACUCCAUCUUUCUUGGAUCUUCUGGAAAGCAAGUUAUUUUGCUCCAGUUUUUCAUGUUCUGAGAAAAGGACAAAUCCAAAUGAUGGUGCCAGUGCUCCACUAAUCAAUGGGAAGGCAAAGGCUUCUAACUUCUCUGCUUCACUCCUGAAAAUUGGCUCUUGGGAGCGUGUUUCACGGUACGAUGGGGAAGUGGUGGCAAAAUGUUACUAUGCAAAAAGGAAACUUGUAUGGGAAGUAUUGGAUGGAAUGCUCAAGAACAAAAUAGAAGUGUUAUGGUCUGAUAUAGUUUCCAUCAAAGCAACUUGCAAUCAUAAUAUGCCUCAGACACUUGAAAUAGAGUUGAUGAAUCCGCCUUUGUUCUUCCGGGAGACAAAUCCACAACCUAGGAAGCAUACUUUGUGGAAAUCUACUGGUGAUUUUACUGGUGGGCAAGCAUCAAUCUUCAGGAGACAUUUUCUGCAAUUCCCUCAAGGAACUCUACAGAAGCACUAUGAGAAGCUUUUGCAGUUGGAUGACAGACUGUUUUCCCUUAGCAAGAAACCUUACCCUUCCUUUGAUUCCCCAUUUUUUGAUCUAGAUAAGGUACAAAAUCAUCACCCAAAUGAUUAUAAGUCAUUCAGAUUGGAGGGACAAAAUUCAAAUCUUCCAACCGAGCUGCUUGGCUCUGGGAAUAAUGAUGGCUAUUUGGAGGAGUUCCAUUGCUUCACCAUCUCAAAAACAAAACUUCCAAGGCAGGAUUUGAAUCUAGAAGACAGAACUGUUGCUUCUGCUGAAAUAGGACAUGAUAACAGUUGUUUAGCUCAUGGUACUUCAGUCUCAAUUGAGAAAGCAUUCCCCACUGUAUUUGCCUCGUUACCAUCUUCAAUGCCUGAUUUUGGUGCAGUAAGCUUGACCAAGUGCUACAAGUAUAUGAACAAGAGAACAUAUGAAGGAAAAGAGAUAUUGGGCUACAAUCUAGCCAUGUCAGAGAUUCCUGAAUGUAAACUCAAUUCAAAGGUAAAAUUUGACUCCACCUCUGAUUUGAAACCAAAUUGCUGGAUCUCAGAGAUUCAAACCAAUUGGAAUCCAAUCAGUUCAUGGAAAGGGGUUGGUUACAAACGUGAGAUGGAUAUGUACUUCAGUAGUGGAUUUUCUUAUUCUGAACAGAUAGGUAGCACAGAAAUUUUGGGCAACUGUGAUGAAUUAUUGGCAAAUAUAUCUUGUGCCACCACCUUCCCUGUUUUUGUUGUAGAGGAUGAGGAAGUACCUAAAAGGUGGUAAACGAAGUUGUUGACUGGGUACCAUGGAUUUGAACAAGUAGAUGACUGGUGGGUACCAUGGAUGUAACCAACAUAUUUCAUACACGUUUGAAAGUUGCUUCUUUCUUUUCUUUUCUUUUUAUUGUUCUUUCUGUAAUUGAUUAAAGAUGUAAGUAAUGAAUUAUACAAAUAUGUACAUAUCAUAGUAUGAAAGGAAAACAGCUCCCAUUGAUUGGGUGAUGUGAUCAUCGAAGUGAUCCAUAUGGUGGAUAUGAAAGAGCUUAAUUAGAAGUGUUUAGAAAUUUGCAGCCAAUACUCUAUAGAUUGAUGUAGACUGACCUUAA